CGCCCGCCCGCCCGCCGCCGACUUCUGCUUCCGUCCGCCUCGUUGCCGGCAGCCGUUCACCGGGGCCCGGGAAAAGGCGCGCGCGGCCUCGGGGCGCUUCCGCUUCCGGUAGGGCCGGAGCGGAGCGGAGCGGAGCCGCGGGUGGGCCCGAUCCCGCUCCCGGGCCCGCGCGGGGACACGGGGGACAGCGGGCGCCGCGUCCUCCCCGCCGCCCCUUCCCCGCAGCGCAACCGGAGCGUCCCCGCCGCUCCGGGGCUCCCGGCGCCGCUUCUCCCGCCGGAGCCCCCGCGGAGCCCAUGAGGAUGGAGCCCCGGGGCGCCGCGUUGCCGCGGGCCGGGCUGCGGGAGCCGCGGGGCCCGGCGGAGCGGGAGCUCCUGCCCCCCAAGACCAGCGCCUUCGCCUGCCCGGCCGGGAACGCCUCCUGCGCCCUCAACUACGGCCCCGAAAUCCCUGGUCCCGAGAGCUACCGGGAGCCGCGCGGCGCCGGCACCAACGGGCACUGGAGGGGGCUGGUGCCCCCGCCGGGCUCCGUCCCGCAGAAGCCGCGGUUGAGCCGAAGCUCCUACCUCGAUGGCCGCAAAACCCCCGGCGGGACGUCCAACAGCUUCGUCGGGAAGUCGAACCACCACUGCCACGCGUCGGCGUUUCCCAUCAAACCGGCGCCCAGCCCGUCAUGGAGCCGCCGCAGCCCCAAGAAAACGCCCCGGCGCUUCGUCAGCACGGCCGAGGAGACUGUUCGGGAGGGAGAGCGGGAGAUCUACCGGCAGCUGCUCCAGAUGGUCACCGGGAAACAAUUCUCCACGUCCAAACCCUCCUCGCUCUUCCCCUUCCACCUAUCCCGGUGCUCAAAUUCCAGCAAAACGGUGGUGAAGGAAACUCCAGGCACGGACUUGAAGCCAUUUGAGGCUCCCGGCGCGUCGGCCACCGGUGUCCUCGGGGCACCGGAGCCACCGGUGCACAAACCUGCGCUCUUCUCCGCACCCGCUUACCCCUCCGGUAUUUUCCAGUCCGGCAGCUCCGCGGCCCCGCAGCACCAAGAGAACCUCCCGGCGCCCAGCGCGCAGUCCGAAGGGUCGGAUUCUGUCAUUUUGCUCAAGGUCAAGGAUUCCAGAACGCCGGCGCCGAGCCUCCCGUUCUUCCAGGCAGAGCUAUGGAUCAAAGAACUCACCAGCGUCUAUGACUCGCGCGCCCGCGAGAGGUGGCGGCAGAUCGAGGAGCAGAAAGCGCUGGCCUUGCAGCUGCAGAGCCAGCGGCUGCAGGAACAGGAGCACUCGGUGCAGGAUCUGGUGGAUUUAAACCUCCGCGUGCCCCUGGAGAAGGAAAUCCCCGUCACCGUCGUCCCGGAGGAGAAAGAAGACGCGAAAUCCGCUGACAGCGAAGAGGAAUUCCCCGAAAUCACUGAGGAAAUGGAGAAGGAAAUAAAGAGCGUGUUCCGUGGCGGGAACCAGGACGAGGUGCUGAGCGAAGCUUUUCGCCUGACGAUCACUCGGAAGGACAUCCAGACCCUCAACAACCUCAACUGGCUCAACGACGAGAUAAUUAAUUUCUACAUGAACCUGCUGAUGGAGCGCAGCAAAGAGAAGGGUUUGCCGGCGGUUCACGCCUUCAACACCUUCUUCUUCACCAAACUGAAGACGGCCGGGUACCAGGCGGUGAAACGCUGGACCAAGAAGGUGGAUAUUUUCUCGGUGGACCUGCUGCUGGUGCCCAUUCACCUGGGCGUGCACUGGUGCCUGGCGGUCGUAGACUUCAGGAAAAAGAGCAUCACGUACUACGACUCCAUGGGCGGGAUCAACAGCGAGGCCUGCAGGAUUCUGCUGCAAUACCUGAAGCAGGAGAGUCUGGACAAGAGGAGGAAGGAGCUGGACACCAACGGGUGGUCGCUGCUGAGCAAGAAGAGCCAGGAGAUCCCGCAGCAGAUGAACGGCAGCGACUGCGGCAUGUUCGCCUGCAAAUACGCCGACUGCAUCACCAAAGACAAGCCCAUCAACUUCACCCAGCAACACAUGCCGUAUUUCCGCAAGCGCAUGGCCUGGGAGAUCCUGCACCGCAAGCUGCUCUGAUGCCGCCGCUUCCCCGACGCCUUUUGCCUCAAAAGUGCCCAAAUUCAUCCCGCGGGGCCGCCCGGGGCCUCGUCGGCGACACCGCGACCGGGCCCCCGUGGUUGUGUCUGAACGCCGGACCAACGCGGCGCCGCCACGAGCACACGCGCCCUUUUCUUUUGGGGGGGUUUUGUACAACUCGAGGUGCUGAGACUCAACGGGGGUGGAACUUCCCAUGGGACUUCCCUUGUUCUGCUUGCGGGCGGUUUUGGGGCGGAUGAUCUUUGGGGUUCAGCACUUAACGCUCCAAACCGCGCGGCUCCAGGCCCCACUUGCGGGGAGAACCUUCGUUCCCUUCUCGUUGUCCCCAAAACCAGCGUUUUCCCCCCGUUUUGGGGCCGGAGCCGCGGGCUCCCACGAGUCCCUUUUCUUGUUAAAACGCCACUUUUAGAGCCUUUUCCCCCCACAUCCCCCGAUUUCAGGUACAAACCCCCGAGUCGAACCCGCUCAAGCGCUUUUGUACAUAUUUCCGAGCCUUUUUUUGCCCAGAAUGAACAAAUUCCGCGUGUGCGUCGGGGGUUUUCACCCAUUUGGGGUGUUUUUUGCCUCCCCCCCCAAUACUCCUGCACAGUUGCCGCGGGUCCAGCAUCGCGCGGCCGCGGCGUCGGGCGCCGCCACCGGACAAACCGCGUCCCCCCGCCCGAGGGAACAUUCAGAAGCGCUUCAACCCCCCCCAAAACAAUGGGGUGUUUGAUUUUGAGGACGUUCUGCUGCUUUUGGACGUUUCGCCGCUGGCGCUUCAGCCGGUUUAAUUUAUUCCCGAGGAAGCGGCGAGCACGGACGGAGCCUCUUUCCCCUUUGUAAAUCAAACCCCAGACCCAAAUAACGUCCGCUUUUGUACUUUUGCCUCCGGACAGGGAGGGAUAUUUUAUACACUUUUCUCUACCUGUAGUUUUGUACCGAAUUCCCCCCUUUUCGCCCCGGUUCGUGUCCCUCGUUGGCUGGUUUGUCCCCUUCCCCUCCGUGUGUUUUAUACCGAGUUCAUUUAUUACCUUUUUCUAUCUUCUACUGCAAAUAAAGGUCCGAAUGAGAAAAA